GUUGAGUGUGCGUGUGCGCGCGCUGGUUCACUAGUUUAACUUUUCCUCACGAGCGCCGUCCUUUUUCUUUUUAUCUCUCACCGAAGUGACGGAUGUUCUCACCUCUCAUGGAGAACCACCUUCUGCUCUCCGUGUCGUCACCGUGAAGCCUAACCGGAGUCAUGUGGAGUUGCACGGGCGCUUUUCUGCACUCGGUUUGCCUCAUUUUGACGUUUUGGUUUGAGGUGUGCUGGGCUUCCGGUUACGUAGAGUUGCGUGUGAUUGGUGUGGAGAACAGGAACGGCGAGCUGGCGAGCGGCGGGUGCUGCGGCGGAGAGAGGGGCACGGGGCAGGGCCAGGGCUGCGGCGCUGUCGAGUGCAACACGUAUUUCAGGGCGUGCCUGAAGGAGUACCAGGUAGAGGUCAUGACCUCGGGCCCUUGCACGUACGGAACAGCGAGCUCUGCUGUCGUCGGGGGCAACACGGUUCGGCUCGAUGGAUUCGGUAAUAACCGGAACAAAGGCAAUAAUGUUGGGACUUUAAUCAUUCCGUUCCAGUUCGCCUGGCCACGAGCUUACACACUGAUCCUGGAGGCACGGGACAACAGCACCAUCACUGCUGACAGGGCAGAUGACAAGCAGCUGAUCGAGCGUAGCAUGUAUCGUGGUGAGAUGAACCCCGGGGACGAGUGUCAGCUGAUCCAGCACGUCGGCCUCACCGCCAGUUUUCAGUACAACGUGUGUGUACGGUGCGCUCGCUAUUACUAUGGCAACAAGUGCAACAAACUGUGCCGACCCCGCGACGACCUCUUCGGCCACUACGAGUGCGAUCACCACGGCAACCCGCAGUGUUUGGAUGGCUGGACUGGGUCCGACUGUAAGAUAGCCAUGUGUAAGCAGGGCUGCAGUGAGCUGCACGGAAGUUGCACCGUCCCGGGUCAGUGCACGUGUAGUUACGGCUGGCAGGGUCCCCUGUGUGACGAGUGUGUGCCGUACCCAGGCUGUGUUCACGGCACGUGUGUGAAGAAGUGGGACUGUAUCUGUGACAGGAACUGGGGAGGGCUGCUGUGUGAGAAAGACCUGAAUUAUUGCGGCAGUCACCGGCCGUGUGUGAACGGAGGGACGUGUAUGAACACUGAGCCGGACGAGUAUCUCUGUGUUUGUCCCAAUGGCUAUUCAGGCAAGAACUGCGAGAUAGUGGAACACGCUUGCAUGUCCAACCCAUGCGCCAACGGCGGAACGUGCCACGAGAUUUUAUCGGGAUUCGAAUGCCACUGUCCUGCAGGGUGGUCAGGGACGACCUGCGCCAAAGACAAAGACGAGUGCAUGUCCAGUCCCUGUGCACAUGGAGGAACCUGCAUCGAUCAGGACAACGGCUUCAAGUGUGUGUGUCCUGCACAGUGGACGGGAAAAACCUGCCUAAUAGACGUGAAUGAGUGUGCGACGAGGCCUUGUGCAAACUCGUACUCGUGUAAAAAUCUGAUUGGCGGAUAUCACUGCGCCUGCAAUCCAGGGUGGGCGGGACCAAACUGUGACAUCAACAUUCGCACGUGUUACGGCCAGUGUCAGAACGGCGGCACGUGUACGGACGGGCGUCAGGGCUACGUGUGUCAGUGCCGGCCGGGGUUUGUGGGGAAGCACUGUGAGGUGCAGCAGAGUGUGUGUGCGAGCUCACCGUGUCAGAACGGCGGUCAGUGUCACGCCACACACACCACCUACGAGUGUCAGUGUGUGAACGGAUACACAGGGACACACUGCGAGGUCCAGCUGGACCCGUGUGUUCCUAACCCGUGUGUAAAUAAAGCUCAGUGCCACGCCCUGCAGUCGGGGUUCUACUGCGAGUGCGCCGAUGGGUACGAGGGCAGAACCUGCGCCGAGCUGACGGACCACUGCAAGAUCAGCUCAUGUCGAGUGAUUGACAGCUGCACCAUUUCUGUGGCAAACAACUCCACCCAGGAAGGGGCGUGGCACAUAUCAUCCAACGUGUGUGGCCCGCACGGUCGCUGUGUCAGCCAAUCGGGAGGCAACUUUACUUGUGCCUGUCUGCCAGGGUUUACAGGGACCUACUGUCACGAGAAUGUUAAUGACUGCGCUUCAUCUCCAUGUGUGAACGGGGGAACGUGUUUAGACGGCAUUAACACGUUUAGCUGUGUCUGCCGUGACGGAUGGGAGGGUCAGCUCUGUGACCAGGAGGUAAACGAGUGUGAGUCUGAGAUGUGUAUGAACGGUGGUCUCUGUGUCGACCUGCUCAAUGACUUUUACUGCCACUGCACAGACAACUGGAAGGGAAAGACCUGUCAAUCACGAGAGAGUCAGUGUGACUCCACAACGUGUUUGAACGGUGGAACCUGCUUUGAUCACGGCGACUCGUACCGCUGUGUGUGUCUACCUGGUUUCGGAGGCAGCACCUGUAACUCAGCCGUGAACAGCACGUGUGACUCUCAGCCAUGCGCUAACGGGGGAACAUGCGUCGAAGGGGGCGGGACUUUCACUUGCAUCUGCAAGGACGGAUGGGAGGGGCCCAUUUGUACUAAGAAUGUUGACGACUGUAAUCCUCAUCCAUGUUAUAACGGAGGGAAGUGUGUGGACGGAGAGAACUGGUUCCGGUGUCAGUGUGCUCCUGGGUUUGCCGGCCCUGACUGUCGCAUCAACGUGGACGAGUGUCAGUCGUCUCCCUGCUCUUACGGAGCCACGUGUGUGGACGAGAUUAACGGUUAUCGGUGCGUGUGUCCGCUGGGCCGAGCCGGCUCUCGCUGUCAGGAGUUUAUAGGUGUCGGUAAGGCGUGUCAGCACUCGGGUGUGUCUGUCCCACACGGCUCUCGUUGGGAAGACGACUGUAACGGCUGCCAGUGUAUGAACGGAAACAUCAAGUGCACAAAAGUGCACUGCGGAGGUCGGCCCUGUCUGCUCAGCUCCCGGGAUCUCGAUUGUGCCGGCGGUCAGGAGUGCGCGCCACAUCGUUUCCUGUUUUGUCUCCGUCCACCGUGCCAGCAGUGGGGCGUGUGCUCCGAUCCCAAUCAUCCACCAAUCAGCACCGAAUGUCAGCCUAACUCCGAUUACAGAGACAGUGAAUGUGCGCGUGUCUCCCUCGUGUUCGAUACACACAGCCUGCCUCUGGGAACCACUGUCGAUGGGAUCUGCUCCGAGCUCAGACAUCUGCCAAUCAUACGAACCCUCGCUCGAGACCACACCCUCUUUAUUCUCUGUGACCAAUCACAAUCAAGCACCAAUGCUGUGGAGGUUGCCAUGUCAUUUGAACAGAGUGCAGCGCUCGAGGAGCACACAGACAUACAGGAAGUAGUCAGGUCCAUCAUCAGCGUCCUCUCCAAGCGCCACAACAGCACGCUGCUGCUGGCCAUCCGAGAGAUCAAAUUUGAAACCCAGGUCACGCCUACGUCUCUGGAUUACCUGGUCCCGCUGCUGUGCGUGUUGUUCUCCGUGUUAUGGAUCUCCUGCAUGGUCGGGUGUAUCUGCUGGUUCCGCAAGCGCAGGAAAGCAGUAGAACGCAUCAACGCUCCAGUGGAGGAGAGCAUCAAUAACCAGCGAGGGGCAUUUCUGAGCCUUCAGGCCUCUUACAGAGAGGACAGGAAGUGUGUGACGUAUCCGCUGGACAGGAUCGGAGACGGAGCGGAGAAACAGGAAGAAGAGAACGAGGACGGCGGAGAGGAAGAAUUCAGCCCAGGCCUGGUGGUGGAUAAGUGCCCUUCUUUAAAGUACACUAAAGGGGAGGUCGUGUACACCGUUUGCCCCACAAUCCAGACACUUCCUUUACGGACGCACUGCAGCGACAAGGACAACUGGUGUAAAGACGUGAACCUGAGUGAUCACCGCCUUUGAGCAGAACUGUCUCGAGACUUUUCCAGAUUCUUCACACACUCUCACAUUUCUGUUUACACUAUCGUCAUUAUUAUUAUUAUUUUUUUUUAAGUAAAUAAGGACCUGUCUCUAUGGAUGCAAAUUCAGUUGAUGCUGAAUCUAGAACCGGCAGCUGGGAUCUUUUUUGAGUAGGUUUGGAUUUCCUUUUUUCGUUUGUCGUCACGUGCGAAAUGCGUGCGAUACGUGUCAGUAGCGUAUUUUCCGGACUAUAAGACGUGUUUAUUCCUCUUUUUAUUGCUGGUGAAACUUUUUCAGCAAAGUGAUGUUUAUGUUAGCAUUUUUUACGUGAGCGUAUUGUGAGGAAAAAACCUUUUAUGGCAGAAAUAUAACUAAUAUAAUUUAUAAUAACCUAAAUCUUACUCCAGGGAGUGAGGCGAUAUGGCAGAUAUAUUAUAGCGCUACCUGGCAUUAAACCCGAUGAUAAUAACUACCGUAUACUGUAAGUUCACAAUUUGUAUUCUAAUUUCAACAUAAUGAGAACUAUCAUAAUUUUAUAUUUUGUGAAUUUUUUUUUUGUCUCCAAGCAGGUAGCAGCUGUAUUUUCUAUACAAAUGUGUUUUUAAAAAUGAACGAAGAAAAUAAAAACCCAAACAUCUCCAGCAGUCAGUAAUUCUAGGUCAGUAGGUAAUUAAGCUUUAAAAAGAAGUUGAGUUUUUCCUCCUAUAAAACGGACAGAAAAAGAUUCCCAGCAACAUAAAUUGACACUCAUUACAUUCACCGAAGUCAUUUAAAUGAUGAUAAAAAAUUAACAUGAAACUGAAGGCAAGCAAAAAUCCAUCAUGUGAAUUAUUCUAAAAAUAUUAUUGUUUUCUUUUUCUUUUUCUUUUUUUUUUAAGUAACAGUUGUUGACCAAAAUCACCAAACAGAAGCUACAUCAGUAAAGUAAUAGUUAAAUGCAGACACUAAAGGUUAUUUUCGAUCCAAGACAAGUUGUUUAGCGUUGUGUGUUUGAGGAACACCGUUUCUAAUCUUUAAUAAUUAUGAUGCGCAACUUGUGCAGGCGACAUUGUUCUGUUUACUCAUCACGUCUCGGGAAUAACGUGAUGAAGGGUUUAGUAUUUUAUAUUCUGGAACAACCUAUAGUCCGGAAAACACAGUACACGGAGGCGACCGGAUGAAAAGCGAGCGGCUGUCUAACCCUUCGGUCCUCCGUUGUUCAUCUCGUCCCGUGUGUGUAGUAAAUGCUUAAAGUCUGUAAAGUUUCAUCGUUUCACUCUGUCACCGUUCCGUUCUUUAACCUCACUGCCAGUUUUGACAAAAAAAGUUUCACAAAGACUAAAAUUUAUGUAAAAAUCUUGUGUAAAAAAAAACCCAACAUUACGUGUACAUGUGUAAAUAGGAAAGAGUUAUAGCUGUGUAUAUUUGAGUUUAGUAACUUAAGAGACUUUUUUAUUUUUUAUUAUUAUUGUUGUUAUUAUUAUUGCUCCAUUUUUUUUAUAUUGUCAUUCCUAUUAUUUAUGUUGGCUGAAAGCUUUAAAAAUUAU